AUGGUUGUGAAUGAAGUUCGUGUGAGAUUUUCUGGCUUUGGUAAUGGGGAAGAUGAGUGGGUGAAUGUGAAAAGGGCAGUGCGUGAACGUUCAAUUCCUUUAGAACCGUCGGAGUGUCACAGAGUCAAGGUUGGAGAUAUUGUGCUAUGCUACAGAGAAAAUGAGGAUCAUGCCCUAUACUCUGAUGCACGUGUUGUGGAAAUCGAAAGGAAAUUACACGACAUCAAAGGCUGCAGGUGCAUCUUUGUGGUUCGUUUUAACUAUGAUCAUGCUGAGGAAAAAGUUGAGCUAAGCAGAAUAUGUUGCAGGCCAACAUAAUGGGUUUUCCGGGUUAGGCAGAAACUACAACUGCACAACAAAACUUUUCGUCCCCUUUUGUUGUGAAGUAUUGCACUGAAUAUGACAGGGGAAGCUUUGCACAGGUUGCUUAAAAGGUCUUUCCGGCGCUGCCAAUUAGUUUGGGGUUGAAUGCUUGAACAUCGUAGCAUGGUUGGGCUUUAGGUGACCAGUGGGUUCAGUCUCUUAUCAAUUUGAAGGUAUGCGUGUUCUAGCCUCUAGGAUCACUUAAGGUUAGUUUAUAUAUUUAAAGGGCUUCUUCAUUCAUUGUCAAUUUAUUUUGAGUAGGGUCAUCCAUCCACUUCUAAUAGUCUCAGCAAGACUAACAUGGAUGUUACUACUGCAACCUCCACUUAUAAUUUUCAAUUUGCAUCCUCAAACAUAAAACAUUUUAAUUUAUAUCAUCAAUGUUAUGAAUUAGUGGUAAUGUGAACUUGAUUUAAACCGCCGUUUAAUUUUUUGUCGUAAAUUGAAGUACCUAAGGUGUAAGUGUUUCGGGCAUGAGGAUGAAAUAUGUUAAUCGUUGUAGGUCUUCAUCCGCGAUCAAUUUGACACUGUUUUGUAUAUCGAAAAUAGAGGUUUCAUUACUUACUAAUCUUAUAAUGUACAA